AAGUAGCAGCAGGGCAGGGCAUCCCGCAUGUUAAGCUGACACACCUGUUUAACAAUGUGGACUAACUCGUCAAGCUGUAUCACACGGUCAGUCUUAAGAUAGUGUACUCUCCGUUGCACCUAGCAACUCGCAUUGGUUAUAGUGUGUCGCAUUGUGUCACUUCAGCGUUACAUUCUAUUUCCCACGAAAACAGAAGUAGAAGAGUGUAAUCAAGGAUUUGGUUGCCAGAUGCCAUUUCAAACCUGACGAGAUACAGACAAGUGUUGAGAACUUAAAACCAGACAACGGGAUUUGUCAAACCAGGAUGGGAAUCUUUCAAUCUAAAAAGUUUCACAAGUCUCCACAGGUUGUCCUCAUGGGCCUGGAUUCAGCUGGAAAAUCCACUUUAUUGUUUAAACAGCAGCGAGGUGUUGUGAUGGAGACAUCCCCAACUGUUGGCUUCAACGUUGCAACUGUAGAGCUGGACAAGAAAACCUCACUGACCAUAUGGGAUGUUGGGGGUCAGGGGACAAUGAGGCCCAACUGGAGAUACUACCUAGAAGGAUGCAAGGUACUGGUGUUUGUGGUGGACAGCAGUGACAGUGCCAGGAUGGGAGAAGCCCAGAAAGCCUUGAAGAAGGUUUUGAGUGAUGAGAACUUAAAAGGAGUUCCUCUGAUGGUGCUGGCCAACAAAAAGGAUCUGCCAAACUCGAUGACUAUCAGAGAGGUGUCUACAUUGUUGGAGUUGGACAAAUACACAGAUCGGGUGUGGGAGAUCCAAGCCUGCAGUGCCAUUAAGGGACUGGGUCUCCAACAAGCUUUCACCUCAAUAGCUAAACUAUUAAAGUAAUGAGGAACUGAUGCCAGAGGCAUUUACAGAACAUUAUUUGACAGGGAAAACAAAUAAAUACAGUUCAAACAUAUUGUAUGUGGACUGCUUACUUUUAUUUGAUUGCAACCAGAAUCAAAGGAAUAUUUGAUCAUGUUGUCAUUUUAAACUGGACCGAAAAAAAAGAUUAGACAGGAAGAGGGUGCACUGAUCUCACUGAAACGGAAAGCCAAAGAGCUGUGAUAUAACUACUGUAAUUGUGCUGUUUUGUUUAUGCUGUACAUAAUGUAAUAUUUAUAUGCCUUCAUGUUAUACACCAUCGUGUGGUUUGAAAAUAAAGCCUAUAU